AUGCCCAAAAAUCAAAAUACUCUUCUUGAUUUUGAUGAUGAUGACAUGCUCACGCCUAAUGUGGCACCCUCCCAAUCCAAUGUAUUCCCUCCGCCCUUUCCAUCAUCCAACAACAACUCCAUGAGAAGUAUGAACAGCACAGAUGAGUUCAAUCAACAUAGCUCCGGAGUCAAUACUCAACAACAUUUAAUGGCAACCAAGAAUGAUGUGUUUACUCCAACCACUCCCACAACAAUACCCGAAAACACAAGCUUUAUUCAAUUGAAAAAGUUUGUAGAAUUAACGAGUGGUAGUCAACAACAUUUGCUGGAUAAUGAUAAUGCCAAAGUUAUUUCUCCAAUGAUCCAAACAAAACUUGCCCAAAGAAAGGUUCUUGAAAUCAUCAAGGAGCUUGAUGGAUAUAUGGCCGAAAGUCAGGAUCCUAAAAAGAUGAACGGAUCUAAAAUAUCAAAAGUAUUGGAUGAAUUGACAUUAUAUUUUGCCACGGAAAACAUGGUAGAUGAGAAACUGCCCUAUCAUGUUUCUGUGUCAUUGGCAAUCGAUGUUGACAGAAUUUCAUCGACCAUGACAACUUUGGUGAAUAGACUUUUGACAUUGCUCGGAGUGGAUGACAGAAGAGUUGUGGCGUUGGUUCAUUACAUGCUUUCCGAGAUCAAUUUACCACGAGAUCUACGUGAAAAGACACUCUCUGCUUUAAAAUCAGAAUUUACAAAAUCUGCAGAGAAUAAUUGUGUCAGAGGGUAUUGUCUUCGUACAAUCGAUAGAAUUUGCAGAAGUUCAUUUCCCUCCCGAAAGGAUGCUGCUGGUCAUUUGAAGGACUUAUAUGAAAUGAUUCAAAUGGUUGUGAAGGAUCUAGGAAAAGAAAACAGUUUUUCUACAAAGAAGGGUUUGAUUUCAAAGCUCUUCAAAGAUACUGAUAAGGAAGAGAAGCUUUUCCUAUUAAGAACAGCUUUACAAAUUGUGAAGAAUAGUAUUUCGGAUCCUGUUCUCACUAAAGGCAUUCUAGAGAAUGUAAUUGUGUGUGUUAAAAACAAAUCUCCACAUUGCUCAAGAGAUGCUUCUACUGUCAUUGCUGGUCUGGUAACUAUUUCUCCAGGUCCAACGUUAUUCGCCUUUAGCUCUUCAAUUCCUCAAUUUGAAGUGAACACUGACAAGAAAAAGCCUACCAAGGCCAUCACUCAUUCUAAAUUGAAGGAGCUCAAAGAUGACAAAAAAGUUGAACUUUUCCCAACCAUGAACGCUCAAGAUGUCUUCUCAAGAUUUUAUUUGGCAAGAAUUUGUUCUAGUAUUAUCAAACCAAUGGUUUUCAGCUCUGAAGAAGCAGAAGAAUCAGAGGACGCUCCAUAUGAACAAAAGUAUAUUGACACCCUCAAACAUUUACUUCAUGAUGAAGAUUUGACAAUAUUCUUUGAGACUGUGAAGCAAGUUUCUCUUAGAAACUUUAAAUUUUUCCUUGAAAAAGACAUUCACCAAGAAAAGUCUCUCACUCUUGAAUUUGUAGUGACCAGAAUUUGCAACAGUUUAAAUAAGAGCAAACCACAAAUUCAAAUUCAUGCUGCCUGUCGAGCUACAUACUACUUAAUGCGUUGUUAUGAGAGAUUUAGAGCAAUACUUGACGCAGAUCCAUAUUCUUCACUUUCACAAAACACACCAGAGAUGAAACAAGCAAAUGCUAUUUUCCAAAAAUUAUACAAAAAGAUUGACUCGGUACUGAUUCACGAUUGCUCAUUUGUAAAAUUCCAAGCAUUUAAAGCUUGUAUCUGGAGAUUGGACAAGGUUUCUCAAGUUGUAAGAAGACUCAAAAUGGAAAUCAAAAGCAAUGUAAAUUGGAUGCCUUUCCACAUUCACGAGUUAUUGAUGACACUUUUAGAGUUCUCAAAGAACAGACCAUCUGUUUUUGAUGAAUUUGCAAACUUGUGCUCAUACAUUUGUAUAGAUUUAUCUGAGAGAGUGGAUGUAGACUUGUUGAUUGCCCUCUUCAAACAACUCAUUCCAACAAAACAAAAAGAUCAAAGACAAAUUGAGCUUACCACAAGAUUCUUAAGUAUGGUGUUCACAAUUUUAGACGAAUGUUUAACUGGAUCCAAGGAGUCCUCUGAGCUUGCAUUUUCUAUUUUGACAUUCUUGGGAGAGUAUGCAAACAAGAUUUGUGACGAACCUAGUGUGCAUGAAAAAGAGAGUACUGAAGAUUCUGGAACUGUUAACAUCACUGAUCCAAAGAUUAUUUACGAGCAACCUGACACUUUUGAUAUUCACAACGCUGCCAUGAAAUCAAUUAUUUUGAAACUUAUUCAAAACACAAUGUACAAUACUCCACAAAUCAGAACCUGUUGCUUGGAAGGUCUUGCAAAAAUAGCCUUCAGAUCUCUCGAUCCUAUUCGACUCUUUGUGUAUGAAUUUCUUUCAUACAUGUCUCAACAUGAGUAUUUUGGUGUGUCAGCCAAGUGUAAAUCCAUUACCAAUGUGUUGGAUGAGGUUUAUUUGCUGCAACAACACUUUGUCAAGCUCACAAGUUCCAAAGAUGUCACAGAUGAAGCCAUUGUUGCGUUCUUUGAUGAUCACGAGAGAGUGAAAGAAAAGAUUAACUUCUUUGCACGUUCAAAUCCUGCAUUCCUACCAUUAGGAAACGAUUCAAGACAAUUCCUCAAACGUGCAUUUGAUGUCAAGCACCAACAAGGCUUUUUGAGACAAUAA